AUGAGCGCCAGCGACGAUUAUGGCGAUUCCCCUCUUGAUGAGGAAAUCCGUCAAUUCACCAAUAACCUGGAAGGGAUACGGAAGCGCAGACGGCUCGUAGAGCUGCAGACACAGAUCGCGGAGGAGGGGAGAUGGCUUCAAGAAGCACAGGAACGCCUUGACAACGCUCGACAAAGUGUGGCCCCCGAUGCUUCUGGUUCGACCAGUCUCCAAUCGCCUGUGGGCUCUAAAUCACCUAUUAUCUCGAAGUCGCCAGUGUUCUCUAUUGCUCCUGGCCAAGACACCAGCAGCGCUGUGGAUGCCUUAAUUAAAUCUGUUCUGGAUCCUAUAGGCAAUAAUAUGACGCCUGUCAAUAGCUACACACCUACAACUCAUCAAACGCGGAUGGUCGACGGGGACUUUAAACCAGUGUCAACGGCUGAGGUGAGGUGGAAAAACGACGCCGCUCCUGGAUCUGCCCCAUCCGAAUACUCUCCCUGCGCAGAUGAGGAGAGUAACGAAGGAAAGGAUAUGGUUUUAUCCGAGAACGGCCACGAAGCAGAGAAAUUAACAGAUGCAGUUCCUUCUCAGCGACGGCUAAUCGCUCAACCCGUUCCGCCGCGGACGCAUACCCAACCUACACCUGCGCCUCGAAUUUCACCCACUCCGCCAAGUCCGCCAAGUCUUGCUUUUGGAUCCUACCGGGGUAGAAGCUGGAAGGAGUGGGUACAAUAUGUCAACGCCUUGGAAGCCCAUUUCGCCCGGUACCCCAGCUACUACACGGAGGCUCGCAAACUGGAGCUCGGGGCAAAAUACAUCGGGCACAACCUGAUGAAUCAGUGGCACGAUCAUAUCAUGAGGCCUGGAAAUACGUCAUGGAACUCGUACUGCACGUUCCUAGCUCAACAGCUCUCACGCCGGGCGAGUCGUGAGCAAGCGAAUUUUGGAAUUACAACCGCUGAACAGAAAAUUGCUCAACCUGUAACGCAUUUUGCCUUCUGGCUAAUUCAGUGGGCCCCUGUCCUUCCCGAAGUCAGCAUUAAGGAGUUUAUGGUCUAUUUGCUGAGAGGGGUCCUCCCCGAAAUUCGUGACCUUGCCAAAAAGUCAUACACGCAGUUUUCGGAUUAUGCUUUGUUUACUGCGUAUCUGCAGGAAGUUGAAAACUCGAUCCCGGCCCGAGCGAAAGUUGUCGGACGUCGGAAGAACAGUACCGUCUCAAAUGACGGGCAUUUCCUCUCAAUGGAUAAAGAUGAACGCAAACCCAAAAAUAUUCUGCCAUCACAGCCGCCAACACAGCCUGUGCAGCGAGCCAGGGCUUUGCCUCCAACAGAGCCGCGCAGUCAACUCGAAUGUCCACUGUCACCAGAAGCACCUCCUCGGGACUUGCCGUUCUACUCGGCACGCAGCUGGUGGCAAUGUAAAACCUUCAUAUCCAAAUUGCAAGACCACUUCCAAAAGUACGAAGACCAAUGCAAGGACUCUCGCAAGAUCGAGAUCGCCAGGGCCAAUCUCUCGCGUGCAUUGCUUGAAAAAUGGGACGAGUAUGCCGCCCGCCUUAAAACGGUUACCUGGUUCGCAUUCUGCGUUUUCCUUGUCGACCAAGUUCCUUCUGAAGGGGCUGGAAACUUCAAGUAUUCCAACACUUACCAAAGAUCCAACCAGUCCGUGUACACCUUUGCGCUCGAGCUACUUCGUUGGACCCCGGACAACUUCGGUGUGAAGCACAACCGCCUGUGGCAUCUAUGGGACCGAAUCCUCCCUGAACUCCGAUCAAGGGCCCACAAAACCUGGAAGGACUUUGACGAGUUCCAUAUCUUUGUUGCUUAUUUGCAGCAGGUCCAGGACUCGUUUUCAAUCCGGUAA